GGCUAAUUAGAGUCACUUUUAUGUAGAGUGGCUGACCAGAUCAAAUUGAGACAGCAGAGGGGCGAAUGGUGAUUUUAAACCCUUCUAUUUCUCAAAGAUCUCAUAGCAGAAAAGGAUGACAAGUCGUUUAUCGCCACGAUUAUCAUAAGGACCUGAGAUUUCUCUGAAAAAAGAAAAACCCAAAAGCAAAAAUGACAGUAGCAGCAGGGAUCGGGUAUGCUUUGUUAGCAUUAGGACCUUCUCUUUCUCUAUUUAUCUCCGUUAUCUCCAAGAAGCCCUUUUUAAUCCUCACUGUUCUCUCCAGUACCCUGCUAUGGCUUAUGAGUCUGAUUGUGCUAGCUGGAGUAUGGAGGGCUUUUCUUCCUCUGAAAUCAACUACAUGGUGGCCUUUUGCAAUUCUUAUACUCACGUCAGUUAGUUUUCAAGAAGGGCUUCGGAUUCUUUUUUGGAAAGUUUACAAGCAAUUAGAAGAUAUAUUGGAUGCUUUUGCUGACAGACUUGCAAAACCACGCCUAUUUCUGACAGACAAGAUGCUAAUUGCUCUGGCUGGUGGUUUAGGUCAUGGUGUAGCCCAUGCUGUGUUCUUUUGUAUUAGCUUGCUAACACCAGCAUUUGGCCCCGCAACAUUCUUUGUUGACAAGUGUUCACAGUUACCCUUUUUUCUUGUUUCUGCAAUCAUUGCUCUUGCAUUUGUUACCAUUCACACUUGCUCAAUGGUCAUUGCAUUCAAUGGGUAUGCCGAAGGGAAUAAAGUGGAUCAAUAUUUUGUCCCUGCAGUUCACCUUGUUGCAGGAAUGGUGACACUGGUGAAUUUUGCUUCUGGGGGUUGUGUGGUUGGCAUUCCUCUCCUCUAUUUUAUGGCAAUCUUAACGUUGUUGCAUUGUGGGAAAAUGGUGUGGAGAAGAUUAUCAGAAACCAGACAGUAAUAUAUAGGAGGCGAUUUUUGUUAAGGUCCACCCUUUUUACCUUGACAAUGUGCGACUCUCUUGUGAAAGCUUACAAGCAGGAGCGUCAAGGGCAAGUACAUUCUGUGGAAAUAAAUGUUUUGUACGAUACAGGCAUAUUGCAAAAUGGAGGAUUACUUUUUCACCAACAUCUGUUCCCCCCCCCCCCCCCCCCCCCUUUUCUUUUGGUCUGUGCUUCGUGUCUUUGACCAUGGAUGUGCCUGCUAACUCCUUGUGAAGGUUUGGGGUACUGGGUGAUGGUAUGAUCCUAUUUGCAAGGCACAUUGUAUCAUGCUGCAUAGAACAACCAAUGCUAAUCUUUGACUUGGCAACUCUCACUAUAAAUGCAAGAAAUUUUAUAUUGUAAA